AUGGCUGCUUUUCUUAUGGUGCUGCUUGCUUUAUUGGCAACAAGUGAAGGGAUGAGUCUGGGAGUCGAGCUGCACUGCCGCUGCAUCCAGACAGAGAGCACUGCUAUUGGCCGGCACAUUGAGAAGAUCGAGCUCAUCCCUGCGAACUCCCAUUGUGACGAGACUGAGAUCAUUGCUACUCUGAAAAAGACUGGGCAGGAGGUGUGCCUUGACCCUGAGGCUCCCUGGGUGAAAAGAGUCAUUCAGAAGAUUUUAAAAAGCCGAAGACGAUGA